AUGUCGGAGAACAAUAACAAUCAAGCAUCCACUCUCGGUUCGGCUUUUCAGGGAAUCGCUGGUGCCGUUCAGCGCGGAAUCGGUCAGCUCACCGGCAGCACCAAGGAUAUCCAGGAUGGCACAGCUCGAAAAAUCGAUGCCGAGGAAGAAAACGAACGAUCUCAUGCGGCUGGAAAACUGGGACCGGUAACCGCAACGGCUGAAGGUGGUACUCAUGUCGAUAGCAAGGACCGUCAGCAAGGAAGCUGGAACCAGACCAUUGGCUCCGGUAAACAAUUCGUAGGUGGUAUGAUCGGAAACGAAUCACUCAAAGCACAGGGCCGUGCACAAUACGAUGAGGGAGUACAACAAGAAACAUCCGGCCAGGCCAGUGAUCUGGUCGACGGUUACGCUGACAGGAUCAGUGGGGCUAUUGGGGGUGCGCUAAGUAACGACCAGGUUGAACAGGAGAGAUAUAAGAGACAGCAUGACGGAGGGAAGGCUGCUAUAAGAAGUGUCGAAAAGGACUUGCAGAAAAAGGUUGAUGCCGAUGAGUGA